UAAUAAUAACAUGCUGCAUCUUCCAGUCAGUCCAGAGUUAUGGCCCUUUAGCUACAGUGUAACAUGCUUAAGUCGUUUAUAACAUGUGUAUGUGUGAAUCGGGCAAACAUGUAAUAAACACAGGCUGGCAAAUUCAGCAAAUAUUUGGACACACAUCUACAAAUAAUUUUAUACCAAGGACUCAGACGUUGUAAAACAUUUACGAGAUCAACACUUGAGUGGACACUAGAUUUACAUUCCCCGUGAUUCUGUGAUUUACUUGGAGCCAAGUGGAGGAAACUUUUAUUCAUAGGAAGUUAUAACAAUCUGACUAAAUAACAGCUGACACUAUGGAGGUCCCUCAACUGAAGCCGGUACAGGAUGUCCCAGAAAUUGACCUGGACGACAUCGACAAACUCCUGGAAUCUCUUUCUCCGGAGGAACUCGAAGAAUUAAAUGGAGACUUCGACCCAGACAAUUCCCUGCUGCCCCCGAGUCAGCGAAUGAAGAACCAGACGAGUAAGGCGCCGACCGGUCCGUACCACAGGAAGAAACUCCUGGAUUUCCUGGAGAAGAAAGCCAAGGAGGAGAAAGACUGGGAGCAGAACAAACCCUUUGUCAAGGAGAUCAGGGGCAAGAUCUGGAAACCCAAAGUUGAACCAAAGUCAAAGGAGGAAGAGGAGCAUCUCGAGACGGAGUGGGACGACAUCCUGACCGCAGCGUCCGAGGAGGAACUCGUCGAUCUCGCCGCUGUGCUCGGCUUCCAUGGCAUGCUCAACCAGACUCAAUACUAUGCUGGAUUGGACAACAUGAAGAUCGAGGCAGGAGGAUUCCAGGGUGUUGCUAAGGCCCAGGAGUUGAUCAAAGUCCCCGACGAGCCUCCAAAUAAAACAGACGUGGAGGAGAGUAUAAAACGCUUGAAAGACAACGACUCCAAACUCACCCACCUCAACCUCAAUAACAUCAAGAACAUCUCGGUGGAGCGACUGGUAGAAGUUUGCGAGACACUGAAAACUAACACCACCCUGGAGACCCUGGAGAUGGCCAGUGUCAACAUGACUGAUAAAGUCGCCAAGAAAUUAGCUGAAGCUCUGUCUGAAAACAAAACUCUGAAAGUAUUAAACGUGGAGUCCAACUUUGUCAGUGGAGAGGCCAUCGUGGAAAUAAUGAAGGCUAUCAACAAGAACCAGACCCUGCAGGAGCUCAGGGUAGCCAAUCAGAAACCUGAGGUGCUAGGUAACAAAGUGGAGAUGACUCUAGUCAAACUGAUUGGGGAGAACAGUACCCUGCUCCGGUUCGGGAUCGCCCUGGAGUUCCCCGACGCCCGGGUCCGUAUCCAUGAGAAACUCCAGGAAAACAACGACAACUUGAGAAAGAAGAGAGUUGGAAAAGACUAGUUAAACUAUAGACAUUUUAUUGAUAUUAGAUUGACCUUCUCUCAUUGCCUAGUUACCACAUCACAUGAUUUCAUUGCUCCAAUGGGAUGUUUUUAUUUCGUGCUUCCAGCAGACAUCAGAUUUUACUAUGAAUGGAGAGAAGAAAAGUCUGUGAUCGAAGCUUGGACUUGUUUUAAAUGUUGACCAGUGAAAGGAAAAAAAAUAGAAUCUCUGAGAUAUAAAUCUGUGCAGGAGGUAGCACUAGAUCUAUGUGUUUGUCUGUGGGAGUCGUUCCUCAAGUGUAUCUUAUUGAAUUACCUGUGCUGCUGCUUUUGUUAAGGCUUUGUUUUGGCAAUAAUCAUAGCCAUGUUAUCUUUGUGUAUUAGUGUAUGGAAUUUUUUUUUUUUCAACAUGAUCAGAAAACAAUUUUUCAUUAAUGAAUAUAUCCUUUACAUAAAUGUGAUUGCUGAUAGAAAAAAAGAAUGUCAAAAAAAAUAUUGUAAUAAGUUUGAGAGAAAUAAAUGUAUAGCCACCAUAUGUAAAAUACUGACUAUAUAUGUUCUAGUUUUCUGAAAAUGUGAUAAGCUUGUUGAAAGAAGUAAAAGGUUCCUGCCAUUUAAUAGAAACUUACAUUAUAAAUCCCCUACAGAAAUUACAGUACCUACACAUGUAUAUUGACCCCCCAACAGAAAUGACAUUACCCCAUACCAGUAGAUCGUAGAGUCCUAGUUUUCUGAAGUCUAGCUAUGUGUACUGGACUCUGAAUUUUGUUCAUGAAUAUUGCAAUUAUGUUACAAUCAUAGCGGCAUUUUUAUACAAUGUUUAUUGCUUCAUGUAGACAUGUACUUGCCCUUGAAUUUUUUAACUGCCAAUUGUACUAAGUUACGGUAGUAUGAACUUUGUAGACCUUUUUUUUAAUUGAUGAUAUGUGAAAUGAUUUUAGUCAAAUUAUUAUGAUAAGAUUUUGGUCUCAUUUGUCUCAGUGAGAUGUGAGAUAUUUAUUUUCAUAUCUCAUUUAAUUAGUUGAUUUUUUCCAAGUGAGCAGUGAUACAAUAGGGACAUAGGACUUCAACCAUUGAGAACCUGAGAAACAGGACGUAGGAAACAAUUGCCACUUAGAGCCUCUAUAAAGAGCUUUUAUAUAAAGUGAUCAAUUUUGAACAAACAGAAAUAAUAUAUAUAAAGUUUUUGUUUUUUGUAAGAAGUUUAUGUAGUAUUUAUUUAUGAAUAUCAUAUGAUUAUACAACAUCUUGUUUGUCUGUUAGUUUUGAUUUUCCAAGUUAUUCUUAAUUGUAUUGAUCAGUGCAUAGCGGAAAAACUGGCAGCAGUAGAUUUGAUGUUCAUUCUGUAUUAUCAAAGUUUCUUAUAUUAAAUAUUAAUAUGGUUUGAUAAUGCCCCACCUCAAAUUAUCAAUUUCAAUUUUGUGGCCCCUCACUCAAAUUUUGUAACCAUUUAAGGCAGAUAACUCUGUAUUUGAUUUUAUUACCCAAUCUACAUAAUUUUUUUGACUACAAGAUAUUUCUAAUGGAUAUGAACCAUUCAUUUUUUACCUUUUUUCCAAUAUGGCCGACAUUUGCUGACAAAGGUCAUUGUGAUAUGUCAAGGGUCAAUGUGUUUAAGUACCUGUGCACUUGGUUAUGUAGAAGUCAUUAGCUGUGCAAUAAAAUAAAUAGGAGACCAAAUCGA